GAAAUUACAAGGAAAAUGAUUUGUCUGCAAUCAUUGCUCAUCGUCUUGUACGUGACGAGUGGCGUUUGGAUGGCCGAGGUUGUUAGCAGCCGCACCGCGCCCGAUCGUCUGGGCUGCCUGGACGGCGUUCAUCGACAAGAGCAGCCGAUCAACCGCGUCAAUACGACGCUGAGGCUGCAACAGCUGCGCGUCGCCAUGUCUGCCGUCAAAUUAGUCAGAGGAGCACCGCUCAAGGCGUACAUCAUCACAAGUGACGACGAACACCAGACUGAAAUGGUUUCCCCGAGCGACAGGAGACGCCAGUACGUGACGGGUUUCACGGGAAGCGCUGGAACGGCGGUCGUGACGCAACACUUGGCCGCUCUUUGGGUAGACGGACGCUAUCACCUGCAGGCAGAUCAACAACUCGACUGCCAAUGGAUCGUCAUGAAAUCCGGCCAAGAUCAAGUGCCCAGCAUCAGUGAAUGGCUCAAGUCCGUCCUGUCUUCUGGCGACCGCAUCGGAGCUGAUCCGAAAUUGGUCAGUGCCGAUCAGUGGCUCGAAUGGCGUUCCGAACUCGCCGAAAGUGGAAUCAAAUUGGACGCGAUUCAAGCCAAUCUAGUCGAUUCCAUUUGGAAUGAGGACAAUGGAAGACCUAAACCCAACCCUCGUCCGGCUUUUAUACACGACAUUGCCUACGCGGGGCAGUCGUGGCAGGAGAAGGUGGGCGCGGUGCGCAACGAGUUAAAGGAACUCGGCUUGGACGCGAUUGUCGUGACGGCCCUCGACGAGAUCGCUUGGCUCUUGAAUCUACGCGGCGCCGACGUGCCUUACAGCCCGCUGGUCAAGAGCUACGUUUACCUCUCGCUCCAGCAGGUCGUCCUCUUCGUCGAGCCGUUGAAAUUAAAAGUGGCGCCCAUCAGGGAGCAUCUGGAGAGUGAUCGCUGCCUCCGGGAUCAGCCCGAUGACCUUUGCGUUGAAAUAAGGCGAUAUGAAAAUGUGUUCAGCGACCUGCCCCGUUUAACAGCCAAAGCCAACGCCAUUCUACUUCCAUCGAAAUACGCCUAUAGUGGAGGAGUCAGUUUUGCCAUUUACGAAACGAUUCCGGCAGACAAGAGACGGACAUCUCCUUCGCCAUUGAUUUUAUUGAAGGCGACAAAAAAUGCCAUCGAAGUGGAGGGAAUGAAAAACGCCCAUAUGAAAGAUGCAGUGGCCCUCUGUGAUUUUCUCUCUCUUCUCCAAGAACAGGUACACGAAGGCAAAGUGCAAUGGGACGAGUUGAAAGUCGUUCACACCUUGGACGAGUAUCGCCAACAGCAGGAUCUGAACCGAGGACCAAGUUUCAGUACGAUCGCUGCCUUCGGACCCAAUGGCGCAGUUAUCCAUUACAGGCCGUCAAUGGAAACCAAUCGAAUCAUUGACAAUUCUUCGUUUUUGAUCAUCGACUCUGGUGGCCAAUAUCUCGACGGGACGACGGAUGUGACGCGUACAUUCCAUUUUGGUCGGGCGACGCAGCGUCAGAAAGAGAUUUACACUCGGGUUUUAAUGGGAGCUAUCGACCUGGCCACACUGGUUUUCCCCGACUCGAUUGAUGACACCAGGAUUGAUGUGAUAGCUCGUCAACACUUGUACAGCUCCGGACUGGACUACCUACAUGGGACUGGGCAUGGCAUUGGUUCAUUUCUCAACGUACACGAAAGUCCAAUUCAAAUUCGUAUUUACGGCAAAGUUGGCCAUCAUUUCGAGGAAAACUACUUCUUCUCUGAUGAGCCUGGAUUUUACCAAGAAAAUGAAUUUGGCAUCCGUUUGGAAUCUAUUCUGCGGGUGAUCAAUAAAACGUUUGAGCACCAACGAGACGGACGUUUCUUGGGCUUUGAGGUGGUAUCGUUGGUGCCUUUCGAUCCGUACUUAAUUGUGCCCGAGCUAAUGACAUUUAAACAGCUGCAUUGGUUGAAUCACUAUCACGCCAUGGUGAGGAUCAAAGUAGGCGAAGAGUUGAAACGCCAAAAUCGGAUGCGAGCUUUUUACUGGCUAAUGUCCAAAACGCGUCACAUUACGGAACCCUGUCACCGGAGUAAAAAUGGCAGUGCCGGAUCUAUCAACGCCUCGUCGUUCAUUUCCCGCAUCAUUAUCGUCGCUUUAGUUUCCGUCCACCUAGCUGUCGCCCUGUCGAGUUAGCGUAACGCCUUCCGCCAUUACAUUUGCCAAAUUUAAAAACCUGCAAAACUAAUGAAAUUUUGA